AUGAAACCAGAAGCUGAGAAAAAUAAUAGAACAUCAGAAGUAAUGAGGGAAGAAGAGGAAAAUGUUAAGAUAAAUAUGGAGGAAAGAUUAAGCUUAGAGACCAAACUUAAAAUAGCAACGAUAGCAGAAAAAUCAGAGACAGAAAAAGAGGAAAAUUUCGAGGCAGAAAAGGUCUUUAGAUCUGAAGCUGAGAAGAAUGAGAGCACAUUAGAGGCAGAAAGGGAGAAAGAGAAAUUUGUAAGGAUGAAUAAUGAGCUUGAAGAAAGAUUUAGCUCUGAGACAAAACUGAAACCAGAAAAAAGGGCAGAAAUAUCAGAGACGGAAAAAGAGGAAUCUUUGAAAGCAGAAAAGGUCAUAAAACCAGAAGCUGACAAGAAUUAUAGAACAUCAGAGGCAGAGAGGGAGGAAGAGAAAAAUGGAAAGGAAAAUUUGGAGGCAGACAAGGUCUUAAAUUCAGAAGCUGAGAAGGCGAAAGGAAAACCAGAAGGAGAGGGGGAGGAAGGGGAAAUUUUAAAGAUAAAUAUGGAAGAAAGACUAAGCUCAGAGACCAUACUGAACACAGCAAAGAAAAUAGAAAAAUCAGAGACUGAAAAAGAGGAAACUCUUGAGGCAGAAAAGGUUAGGAAACAAGAAGCAGAGAAGAAAAAGAGGACAUCAGAGAUAGAAAUGGUGGAAGAGAAAAUUGUAAAAAUGAAUAAGGAAUCUGAAGAAAAGCUAAUCUCACAGACCAAACUGAAAACAGCAAAAAAGAAAGAAAAUUCAGGGACAGAAAAAGAGGAAACUUUAGAGGUUGAAACGGUCAUAAAAUCAGAAGCUGGGGAAAGUAAUAGAGCAACGGAAGAAAAGAGGGGGGAAAAGGAGAAUGUACAGAAAAAUAAGGUGCUCAAAGAAAGAAUGAGCUUUGUGACCAAUCUGAAAUCAGCAAGGAAGGCAGAAAGUUCUGACAUAGAAAAAGAGGACAAUUUGGAGGUACAAAAGCUCAUGAAAUCAGAAGCAGAGAAGAAUAAGAGAACAUCCGAAGUGGAGAGGGAGGAAGAGGAAAACUUCAAAAUAAAUAUGGAGGAAAGUCUAAGGUCAGAUACCGAAUUGAAAACAGCAAGGAAAACAGAAAAAAUCAGAAGCAGAAAAAGAGGGAACUUUGGAAGCAGAAAAAGCUAUAAAAUCAAACAGGCAGAGAAGAAUAAGGGAAUGUCAGAGGUAGAGGGAAAGAAAGAGAAAACUGUAAAGAUAAACAAAGAGCUUGAAAAAAGUCUAAGCUCAGAGAACAAACUGAAAACAAUAAAGAAGACAGAAAAAUCAGAGACAGAAAAAGAGGAAACUUUGGAGGUAGAAAAGAUCUUGAAACCAGAAGCUGAGAAAAGUAAGAGAACAUCAGGAAAAGAUAGGGGAGAAGAGGAAAACUUAAAAUUGAAUAUGGAGAAAAGACUAAACUCAGAAGCCAAACUGAAAACAGCAAGGAGAACAGAGAAAUCAUAG